AUGUGCCACUCAGUUUGUUUUCUGCUCGCAGGUCGAGAAGGCUUCGUCCACAGCUACGAGCUCAUCACUCAGAUUGAAGUGGACUACGCCCGUCCCGUCAUCAUCCUGGGACCGACCAAAGACCGAGUCAACGACGACCUGCUCUCCGAGUUCCCCGACAAGUUCGGUUCCUGCGUCCCUCACACGACCCGCCCCCGCCGGGACUACGAGGUGGACGGGCGAGACUACCACUUUGUGUCUUCACGGGAACAGAUGGAGCGGGACAUCCAGUCGCAUCGCUUCAUCGAGGCGGGACAGUACAACAACCACCUGUACGGGACGUCG